GUAGGGAACUGAAAUGCUGCUACAAGGCCACCAUUGAUGGAUUUAGUGCUACCUCCUUCCACAACUGCUGUGACUUCAAGGGACCCUGUGUUAUAAUUGGCUACACAAACAAGUCAUUCAAGUUUGGAGCAUUCAACCCAGAAGGCUACAGAAGUACUGAUGAUUACUAUGACACUUUUGAUCCAUUUCUCUUCUAUUGGGAAGAAGAUAAUGAGAACAAAGAACCCAUUAUUCUCCCCAAAGUUGGGGGCAGUGGUGCAGCCCUUUUUGACUAUGCUCGCGGUGGCCCACAGUUUGGGGCUGAUGGGCUGCUCAUUGGACCACCACUGGCACCAGUCAUGGGUGGUUUUGCAGGGCCAGAUACUAAUUCAGGUAUUGGUGAUCUAAGGCAAGCUAAGUCUAGAUUAGGAUUGUCUUAUGCUAAAAGGCCAGAUGGGAAGGAGUCAUUGUUUGGUGAUGAGAACAGGGCUACCCUUGAAGAGGUGCAAGUGUUUUGCAGCCCUCAAAUUGCAAGCCUAUACUAGAUUGGUGUCCAAACAGUCACAAUCCUGGAAUUGUUUUCAAUUGAAGCAAGUGGGGAUAGAGCACAAUCUUUAGAGGACAGACCAAAAAGAAACAUAAAUAUUUAAAGGGAUUGUCUUAACUAUAUGUUGAUUUGCACGCUCGGAGAAAGAAAAGGGACUGUGCUUACACAAAUAUUCGAUACCCCAUGGCCAAGGAGUAGGUGGUGCGGUGAAGUAGUAGGUGGGCGGGACAAUAAUGUAUUGCAGGGAAUAUCGGUUGGUGUUGCAGCAAAAGGGUUUUAUGCUCUAUAGCUUUUAAAAGCACCAUUUAAAGUUGCAUUAGUGUAGUUUCUUUUUGUUUUUUUGUUUUAUCAGUUUGGAAAGUUUGGUCAUGAGGAAUGUGCAUUCUUGGAUGCUUGAAGGUGACACUUCUUCAUGUCUUUGUCAAUGAGCUGCUUCACAUUUACCUUCUUAAUCCGACUAGCCAAGAAAGAAAAAAAAAAA